UGCAGAGACUAAUUAACAAAAAUGGCUUCAUUUUCCAAUCCCAUUACCACCACCACCACCACCACCUUUAUUAUCUUGAUACUAAGUCUUACAUCCUUGUUCAACAACUUAACAGCCAAAAAUGGUCACAAAACCGCCCUGCACCAUAAUCGUCGUGGCCAUUCUUCCUCCAUUAACGCUAUAGCAAAUCCACGGCUCCAUCAAGCCUACAUUGCUCUACAGGCUUGGAAGCGCGUGAUUUACUCUGAUCCUAACAAUUUAACUACCAAUUGGAUAGGUCCUUCAGUUUGCAAUUACACAGGAGUUUACUGCUCAAAACUCCCUAAUGACACAAAAAUCCAAGUUGUUGCUGGCAUUGAUUUAAACCAUGCUGAUAUAGCCGGUUUCUUGCCUGAUGAACUCGGCCUUCUCAAUGACUUAGCAUUGCUUCACCUAAACAGUAAUCGUUUUUGUGGAAUCCUUCCGCUUACUUUAUCCAAUCUAACUCUCUUAUAUGAGCUUGAUCUUAGUAACAACAGGUUUGUAGGUCCUUUCCCUGACGUCGUCCUCUCUCUUCCUUCGUUAAAGUAUCUUGAUCUUCGUUACAAUGAAUUCGAAGGGCCAUUGCCUUCUCAACUCUUUAGCAAGAAUCUUGAUGCCAUUUUCUUUAACAACAAUCGUCUCACGUCUGUAAUCCCAUCAAAUUUAGGCUCAAGUUCAGCUUCUGUUAUUGUUUUCGCGAAUAACUUCUUUGGAGGUCAACUUCCACCUAGCAUAGCCAACUUUGCAAACACAUUAGAAGAAUUACUCCUAAUUAAUACUAGUUUAACAGGGUGUUUGCCUCCUGAAGUUGGAUUCUUGUACAAGUUAAGAGUUCUAGAUGUGAGCAAUAACAAGUUAGUAGGGCCAAUUCCUUAUACUAUAGCAGGGUUAGCUCAUUUGGAGAUGCUAAAUUUAGCACAUAAUAUGAUGAGUGGAAUUGUGCAAGAAGGAAUAUGUGCUUUGCCUAAUCUGUCAAACUUCACAUUCUCUUAUAACUAUUUCUGUGAGGAGCAAGGCAUUUGUAGCAACUUGACAUCAAAGGGCAUUGUAUCCGAUGAUCGUCGGAACUGUCUGCCAGAUAAGCCUCUUCAAAGAAACAAGAAGGAUUGUGAAGCUGUGAAUGAGAAUCCAGUUGAGUGUUUUUAACUUCAUUGUUGUUGUUGAUGUUGUUAUUCAUAGUGGUUUUGUUCCUUGUGAAGUUGCUUCUGUCCUAGCUUCCUAGCUUUAAAUUUUUAUUGUUUCUUUUUCUAUUCAAAUGAACCAAAAAAAAGGUAAAGGAAGUGUGUUAAUACAAAUUAUGGAAUAAUGUAAAUAUUGGUUUAAAGCAAACAGUGGAAAUCUGGUGUGUAUUGAAGGUUGUACAUAUUGGUUUGAAAUUUUCGUUCUAAUUGUUUGUAUGUGGUA